UUGAAAUUAUGAAUGGUCAAAUUCAUAAAGUAGGUACCGAUUUAGAGUUCGUGUACAUAUGAUUUAAAUUAAUCUUAGCGUAAUAAAUAGCAAUUAGUAAAGGAUACUGGGAUAUUAAUUAAAAUGUUCAAAAAAGUUGCUGUAGGGAUGUCUGGGGGUGUAGACAGUGCGGUUACAGCAUUUCUUCUUAAAAAAGCAAACUAUCAAGUGGAAGGGGUUUUUAUGAGGAAUUGGGAUAGUAACUAUGAAGGCGGUUUCUGUUCAGACGAAAAAGAUUUCGAAGACGCAUCGUUCGUUUGCCGUAAGCUUCAGAUACCUUUGCACAGAGUUCACUUCAUAAAACAGUAUUGGAAUGAGGUUUUUACAGUUUUGCUUAAGGAAUAUGAAUCAGGACUGACUCCUAAUCCGGACAUUCUCUGCAACAGAUAUAUUAAAUUUGACAGCUUUUUUGAACAUUGCAGGAACAACUUGUCGGUUGAUGCUAUUGCAACUGGACAUUACGCUGAUACAUCUUUUGGACCUUUCUUAGAACAUUAUAAGGAGGAUCAAAAGGUUAAAUUGUUACAACCAGCUGAUAAACAUAAGGAUCAAACAUUUUUUUUAUCUCAAGUAAAACAAUUCUCAUUAAGAAAAUGUAUGUUCCCACUAGCUCGUUAUUUGAAAAGUGAAGUAAGAGAAAUAGCAAGGCAAGAAGGGCUUAUAAAUGUGGCCAGUAAAAGAGACAGCACUGGAAUAUGUUUCAUUGGAAAAAAAAGAUUUAAAAACUUUAUCGAUGAGUUUAUACCCGAGAAGAAAGGUAAUUUCAUUGACAUAGACACAGGACAGAUUGUUGGGGAGCACAGUGGUAUACAUAAGUGGACAGUUGGACAGCGAUGCUGUCUCUGCAAUUGGAGAGAUGCAUAUUUUGUAUUUAAAAAAGAUAUAGUGACAAAUAAUAUAUAUGUAGUACCUGGAACAAAACAUCCCGCAUUGUGGAAUAACCUAUGUUUUACUAAUAUACCUCAUUGGAUUUGUGAAGAACCAAUAGAAUUAACAAAAAAUGGUGUGCUCAAAUGUUUUUUUAGAUUUCAACAUACUAAGUUGUUAGUACCUUGCAGAGUGGUGAAGAAUACUGAAGGCCUGACUAUACUAUUGGAUCAUAAACUGAGGGCAUUAACAGAAGGUCAAUUUGGAGUACUCUAUAAAGAUGGAGAAUGUCUUGGUAGUGCCAAGAUCACAAAUAUUUUUAAAAAUUUAAUAUAUUAGCACUUAUAUUAUUGUUGAA